GCACGCGGAGAGACGGCAGGUGUCUUUCCCUGCGCGGAGAUUCUAAAGGGUUUCUUCAAAUUCUCUUCUCUUUGUACGCGCCGCUCCUUUACGAGACGUUUUCUAUCGAGAGCUGGGGUAUCUUCUUUCAAAAAGAUGCAAAACUCAGAAAUAGUUUAUUUUUAAUAUUAUUACAAGCAAUUACUGGAAGUUCCCUUUGAGUUGGAGUUGGAGAAGGAUUUUCUAAGAAAAAAGAAAACAGAACUAAACCAAAUCCUGACAGACUGCUUCUGGGACGUUUGAAUACAGAGACUUCUCGCACGAGUCGUGUCUGCUUGACCAAGUGCUGGAUCUGAUUAUGAAUGAGAGUCAGACCCACUCCAACAGCCAUUUCCUAGACGAAGACGCAGGCAAGUGCCGGAUCUCCGAGAGUGGCGUGCAGCGCUUCCAGAAAGCCAUGCAGAAGCAGGCGAGCCGAGCUCAGAAGAGGAUGAGCUCCGUCACGAGAGAGAGCGUCAGGAACUUCCUCAAGAGGAACGCCUUUGUGCUCCUCACUGUGGCGGCCGUGGUGCUGGGUGUGGCGUUAGGCUUCGGUCUGCGCCGGUACGACAUGUCCCUAAGGGAGAUUAAGUAUUUCUCCUUCCCCGGAGAGCUGCUCAUGAGGAUGCUGAAAAUGCUGGUCCUGCCUCUCAUUGUUUCCAGCCUUGUGACCGGGAUGUCUUCUCUAGAUAGCAGGGCGUCGGGGAAGAUGGGCAUGCAAGCCAUAGUUUACUACAUGGUGACCACCUUCAUUGCCGUGUUCAUUGGCAUCAUCAUGGUGAUGAUUAUCCGGCCUGGAGGGGGGCACAGGGACAGCCCUGUCCCGACAGAGAACAAGACAGAGCAGAUCCAAGCUGUGGACGCCUUCCUGGACCUCAUUCGGAAUAUGUUCCCUCCAAACCUGGUGGAAGCUUGUUUCAAACAGUACAAGACCCAGUAUACCAAGAGGCUUGUCAAGAGGAACGUCACGACAGCAGCAAAUUUCACCGAUGACACAAACGCCACUGAGUCGUCCGUCCUGGCUAAUAUCAGCCAGGCCAUCCAGACCCUGCAGGAGACCAUCACAAUGGAGGAGGCGGUGCCUGGGCCAGGCUCCUCCAAUGGGGUGAAUGCGCUGGGGCUGGUGGCGUUCUCCAUGUGCUUCGGCCUGGUAAUUGGGAAAAUGAAACAGAAAGGCCAGGCACUGCUGGAGUUCUUUGAUUGUCUCAAUGAGGCUAUUAUGAGACUGGUGGCAAUCAUCAUAUGGUACGCUCCUGUAGGGAUCAUGUUCCUGAUCUCUGGGAAGGUCCUGGAGAUGAAGGAUUUGGCUCAGAUGGGCGGACAGCUGGGGAUGUACACUGUCACGGUGAUCGUGGGGCUGCUGAUCCACGCCUUGUUUGUGCUUCCACUGCUCUACUUCAUCGUCACGCGCAAGAACCCCUACCUGUUCAUCGGGGGGCUACUGCAAGCACUCAUCACCGCCCUGGGGACAUCAUCAAGCUCAGCAACGCUCCCCAUCACUUUCCGGUGCCUGGAGGAGAAUAACAAAGUGGACAAGCGCGUGACGAGGUUCGUCCUGCCCGUGGGCGCAACCAUCAACAUGGACGGCACCGCGCUCUAUGAGGCCGUGGCCGCCAUCUUCAUCGCUCAGGUCAAUCACAUGGAGCUUAACUUCGGACAGAUCAUAACCAUCAGUAUCACGGCAACAGCAGCCAGCAUUGGGGCUGCGGGGAUCCCUCAAGCUGGUCUGGUAACCAUGGUGAUCGUAUUGACAUCGGUGGGACUGCCUACUGAGGACAUCACCCUAAUCCUCGCGGUGGAUUGGUUCCUGGACCGCCUGAGGACCACCACUAACGUCCUGGGGGACUCGCUCGGCGCCGGCAUCGUGGAGCACCUCUCCCGGCAAGAACUGCAGACCCAGGACACCGAGAUCAGCAACUCGGUCAUCGAGGAGAAUGAGAAGCCUUAUCAGCUGAUCUGCCAGGACAACGACACCCAGAAACACCGCAACAGCGAUACCAUGAUGUGAGGCUCUGCCGUCGGGAGCAGCAACACCCAGCCCCUGUCACAAGCAAGCAGAACAACACCCAACACACCCUGCGGGGAAGGCUGUGCCUGUCUGACAGAUCCCAGACUACCCUUAGGGGUUGGAUUGUGGCUGACCAUUCCGCUCCAUGUCCUGAAAGUAUUAAAUGAAAUCAUUGUUCCAUAUGCAUUUUAAAACUGUAGUAAAACUAAAAGAAACCAAGAUCCAUUCUCAACGUCUUAAAUAACAUAACGAAGGGGCCCGGUUAGAAGGAGGCUGGAAUGGAUUGAAACCCGCAAGCUGGUAUCCCAGGUCCCGGUGUUUUUAGAUCCUUGCUGUACUCAGUGAAAUGAACCUCUGGCAAAGGGAAGGGCUGUGUUAUUUAGUACAUUUUGCUAUUUAGAAGUAUCUCUUUACUGUAGUAGACGCACUGUUAAAAUAAGUUAGAGCAAGUUCGCCAUCUAGUGGACAAUCAAAGGUAUUGUAAGGGUUUUGUCAAAACCACUGAAAAAGAGGACUACUAUACUGCUGCUUUAGUUCAUCACUUUACAUCUUUAUCAAACCCAAAAUAUUAGACUUUUUGAGCAGAGGGAAGAAUGAACUCAAAUCACACAAUUUCACUUAAUACAUUGGAUUACUUCUUAUGUUUUGUUUUUUUUUUAGAUGUUUUCUUUACAAUGUACUCUGUUUUGGUUUACUGUAAUAGAAAAAAAGGAUAUUUAAAAAAAAAAAAACUGUACUUUCGUAAUGUCUAAAAAGUUUGCUGUAUUGCUCUUGAUAUACGUUUAAAUGGUCUCGUCAAAAUGAAAUGUUACCAUGGCUCCUGAUUCAUUUAUUUUAACUAAAAGAUGGACAUUACUGUUCUGUUCCAUUUAGAAAGAAAAUGUAUUUAUUAUAUAUCUUUCUAUAGCUUUUACAUUGCAGAAGUGAGGUUGUGGUGCUGGUCUGUCUCUAUCUGAAGAGCAAUAGAGUCUUUUAUCUGUUACUUCGCUAGUUUGAGCCUCUGUUUGAAAUGAUAUACACUGGCUGUGAUUUUUCUUUUUUUAACUUUUAAGACUAAGGUAAUUUUUUCUGUCAAAGUCCUUGCUCCUUCUCUUGCAUGGCUGAGGCGAUGCUGCAGCCCUAUCUUAUUCAUUUAAGUGAAUUGCAUGAUUGGCUUGUGUUCCGUUUUUCAGAGAACCUGUUUUGUAAUUUUAAUAGAUUUGUAUUUGUAUUGUGUAACAGUUUACUGAAGUAGUUUUGGAUGUAUGGCUGUAUAUCUAUGUGUAUAUAUGUAUACACUGUAUAUAGCACUAAGACAUGUGGUAGAUGCGUUGUGUUUAAGUCACCAGCAGAUAUUGCUGUUGGUCAUGUAUACCAGCUGAUUAAUCAGGCUUCUUUUAAACUGCAUGCUUAUUGCUGUAUUAAGAGGGCUCUUUACCUACAAAAGUCAUUUCCCCAGUCCCACGAAAAGCGUGCUCUGGGUUUCUCGUCUCGGCAUCCUGUUUACAGGGUUAUCUGCAAACUGUUCUAUUUUUUUUUAACUGAGCAGACAUCUGUUUCAUUUUUUAAAAAAGCAUAACACUUUUUUUUUUUUUUUUUUUAAAUCUUGAUUUUCCUUCUACCGGGAUCUUCCUUCUAGGAUCUACUGUUAUUUAUUUUAUUUGUGUGUUUAAGUUAUUUUGAGCGAAAUGACAUUGCAGUUGUGUCGGCGUGUGAUUGCAUUCUACCAGUCCUCGACUGUUUCUGAUGCGCAGCGUCUGUCAUGGUUUUCAGUUUCACAGCAGAAGGAUGAAUAGCAGGCAGGAUGUGACAUGGGGCUUGUUUGUGGAGACACUGGACCAGGUGUUGCAGACUCGUGGCUUAGUUGUGUGUGGGGGGGUGUGUGGAUGUAGAAAUGAAAUCGAGGGUAGUCUGUACUAAUGAAGGGAUUUGGCUGGCUACUGUAUAAAGAAGGCUGAUGGGCAAUGCUCCUAGUCAUGAGUGGAUUAUUUUUCCUAAUCCAUUUAUUUACUCAGUAGGGUGGGAUAUCCUACAGUAUGUAUAGAAUAGGGGCUACAUCCUGUGCAGACUGGCUAUGGGUGUAAAAGCAAUGCACUCCCUGACAUUACAGACAACAGUUUUACAUCAACUUUUUAACAAACUGCUCAAUAUGGCCAGUGGCAUGGAGUGACUGUCUACCCUCUAUCUACAGUAACCAAAACCAACAUUUCAAAUUCCUGAUGCAUAUAUUGCCUUAUUGACUAUUUAUCAAAAGGGACACUCUAGCGUGGGUUAAGCACAACCAGCAGGGAACAUUACAUCCAGAUUUUUUUUUUAAAUACAUUUCAUGGAAUGAAAAUAUUGAAACUGUUGCCUCUGUAACCAUGGCAACAAAGGCUGCUGCAUCUCGAUUAAAAAAAAAAAAACUUAAAAAAAAAAAAUUCUUACUGAUUUAAUUUGUCUGAAGUAGCAGGCAGUAUGGCAGCUCUCCCUUGCACUCCAGGGUUACUGUUUAGAGCUGAAAGACCUUCACAAUUGGUAUUGGCUAUUUGUUUUGCUUGUUUUACUAUUUUUGGGGGUCCACAUUGGUCUAUAUGACUUUGAGUUUUAAAUUGUAUUAUUGAGUGCCGACUUUAUUAUGUAGAGUGAAAAUAAAUGACAA